GACUGAAAUCAUAAGCAAAGAAUCAAGCUUGAAGCUUCCAUACUUUUCUUACGUUGAUUUACUUUCCCCUUUUUCUUGGGCUUUUCGUCUUCUUCUCCCAAUUUUUGACACUCUCUUCUUUAAUCUUCCUUUCUUUUCUCUGUUAUGUGUGUCUAUCUUCCUUAAUCUCAAUCAUCUUCAACGAUCAACAAAUGUUUGCCCCGUGUCUUUACAAAUCUUGAAUAGACAAAGUAUCUGUAAACAAAACAAUGUCACUGACGAUUGUCAACUUGACAAUCAAGUUAGCAACUCAUGUUAAUUAUUCACAGUAAAUCAUAUUUUUUGUCUUUAUAUCUUUACUUUUCUGUUAAAUCUUUCUCAUCUUCUGACUUUCUCUGUGUCUUUCAUUCCCCCCUCUCUCUCUCUCUCUUUCUCUCUCUCUCUCCACCAUUCACUCAUCUUUCCUAUCAUCAUAAUCAUUCUCAUCAAUAACUUGUCCUCGUUCAUUGUUAUUUAAUGUUUCUCGAUUAUUACACACUUUGACAAAUUGCUGUUCAAAACUCUGCUCAUUGUGAUCGUCAUUUGCAAAGGAUAAUCAAACCAUUAAGUGCUAUUUCAAUGAUUAAUUAUUGCAAUUAUAUAUUGUAAUAUGUUUAUUAAAGCCAGUGUCUUUUAAUAUUAAAAAACUCAACUUUAGCUCUCCAUUUGUCACAUGUUAAGUCUAUGCCCUUUCCCUAGCCAAUGAAAUCAGCCUGACUUUAUACCAUUUUUGGACAAAUCAUCUUUUAUUACCAGUUCAAAAGGGCUGAAUAAACUCAAUUAGUUGGACGAUUUGAUUGUCCAUUUGAGCAACGAAAUGACUCGUAGAGGAUCAGCGCUCGGAUAUGAGCAUACAUUGAUGUAUGGUCAAUACCGAGAAGAUCUGGGCAGAUUCGCAAAAGCACAAGCUCGACGUGUAAAAGCAAUUAAACGCAAAGAGGAAACAUCGUUAAUUAAAAAAGGUUUCAAAAAAUAUCAGUCAACCUGGAAAAGAAAAUUAUCAGUUUAUUUUCAAAUUUUCUGGAAAUAUACUUUUGCCAAAAUUGGCGAAGAUUGGAUUUUUUUGGCCCUACUAGGAAUGUCCAUGGCUUUUACUUCAUUUUUCAUCAAUAUAGUUAUUGAAUCAACCAUAACAGCUAGACAAAGGUUAUACAAAGAUUUUACUAACGAUUCACCCAUCUGGAAGUUCGUUGCUUGGACAACAACACCGAUUAUCAUGAUUUUGUUUGCCUCUGGAUUUGUGCAUAUUGUUGCUCCACAAGCAGUUGGUUCAGGAAUACCUGAGAUGAAGACCAUUCUCGGUGGAGUUGUUCUCAAUGAGUACCUAACCUUCCGCACCAUGGUGGCCAAAAUUGUUGGCCUUUCGUUUACUCUGGCCUCAGGAUUACCCUUGGGUCGAGAAGGUCCUUUUGUUCAUAUAUCUUCCAUCAUGGCUACCCUUUUGUCCCGAAUGGUGACCACUUUUAAGGGCAUCUAUGAGAAUGAAUCUCGAACAGGGGAAAUGUUAGCAGCUGCGUGUGCAGUUGGUGUUGCUGCCACCUUCUAUACACCCAUUGGUGGAGUCCUUUUUUCAAUUGAAGUAACAUCAGUUUAUUUUGCUGUAAGAAACUACUGGAGAGGCUUUUUUGCUGCUUGUUGUGGGGCCACAAUUUGGAGAUUGUUGACUGUUUGGAUUAAAGAUGCUUCCAUUUCUGCACUUUUCAGGACAAGUUUUAAAAGUGAAUUUCCCUUUGAUCCUCAAGAGUUGUUUGUUUUUGCCUUGAUUGGUGCCUUCAGCGGCUUUGGAGGUGCUUGUUAUGUUGCCUUUCAUCGUAAAAUUGUUCAAUUCAAUCGAAAUCACAAACGAUGGAAUCAAUUUCUUCAACUUAAUCGAUUCCUAUAUCCCGGCCUGGUUACUUUAAUUAUCACAAGCUGUACAUUUCCUCCAUUUCUAGGUAAAUAUAUGGCUGUUGAGAUUUCAACUCAUCAUUUAGUUGACCAGUUAUUUAGUAAUAUAACUUGGGGUUCAGGAUCUGAAGAUUAUGUUACUCAAGGUAUUCUAAAGGAUUGGACGACUGACCACACAAGUUUUUAUUUUCAUCUUUGUUUCUACAUUUUUAUGACAUGGUGGACUUCAGCUCUAGCCUCGACAAUCCCUGUUCCAAGUGGAGUAUUCAUUCCAGUUUUUUUGAUGGGUGCAGCUUUUGGUCGACUUGUUGGAGAGAUUAUGGCUGUUUUAUGCCCAGACGGCAUCCCUUUUGGCGAUCGUAAUAUACCAAUUGUCCCAGGAGGUUAUGCUGUUGUCGGUGCUGCAGCUUUUGCUGGCGCUGUAACUCACACCAUUUCAACAACAGUUAUCGUUUUUGAAUUAACUGGUCAAAUGUCACACAUUAUUCCCGUUAUUAUGUCAGUUUUGAUAGCGAACGGAAUUGCUCAGUCAUUGAAGCCUUCUAUCUACGAUUCUAUCAUUGAAAUAAAAAAGCUUCCCUUUCUACCUUCAAUCAAGUCGACCUCAUCAACAGCUCAUCGUAUCAUGGUUGACGAUAUAAUGACUCGUGAUAUUGUCUACAUUUGGCGUCGAUGUUCUUAUAAAGAUUUAUUAAACACUUUGGAUACCAAUCUCAAAAUUGAAACCUUUCCAUUAGUUGAUACACCAACAUCAAUGAUAUUAUUGGGCUCUAUUCAGCGUCAUGAACUGCGUUAUAUUUUAAAUAAACAAUUGAGUAAAGAAAAACGUCUUCAAGAGGUUCAAAGACGAUAUUCACAGCAAGAUUGUGUUAGAACUUUUUCAACGUUACCUUCAACAAUGGAAUCGUCAAGGGAGUCUUUGCCACAGUCCAAGACUCCUGAAGCUAAAUCACGAUUUGAAGUGAGGUUAAUCAAUAGUCAAAACGAUGGAUUUACAACUGGAUCUACUGGAAGUGGUGGUGGGUCCACAGAUGGCAAAAAUGCACAAAAAAGAUCAUCUCCUCCACCCUCACCAACAAUGGGGACCAAACCACCUGUUAAAUCAAUUUUGAAACAAACAGCUACUUUCACGACAUAUUCACCAAAUUCAACAUUGACACAAGACUUUAGACUACGUCAAGCAUUCGAAAAUAUUUUUAUGAAGAGCCUGAAACUGCAAGAUGCUCAUCCAAACAAAGUUUCUAGUGGAGUUGUGUCCAACAGCGCACCAAGUACUCCUUCAAUUCAACGGAGAGUACAAUUGCCUAGAGAACGAGUAAUUGACAUGUCUCCAGAAGAACAACUGGCCUGGGAAGAGGAACAAUUAAAUUCAAUCAUUGAUCUCUCAGCGUGUCACAUUGAUCCAGCACCAUUUCAAUUAGUUGAACAAACUUCAUUAAUCAAAGUUCAUUCUCUAUUUUCUAUGUUACAAUUAAAUUUGGCCUAUGUAACAUCUAUCGGUCGUUUGGUUGGUGUAGUUACACUUAAAGAUAUUCGAGUUGCUAUUGAACGCAUGAACAAUGGUACUUUGGUACCAAAACCAAUGUCAUCUUCAAAUAUUGGAAUUCCUCCCUCGGAUGGAAGCUACACUGAUACAUUAACGUCUGUUGCAACGGAUGAGUCUAAUCCUAAUGUAGAAGAUGCUAAUACAAUUAAAAUGGGAGCUGUUUAAAUUCAGAAUGAAAGUUGUUUCUUUUUAGGUACACUUUUUUUAUGAUUUUUUAUAUAAAUAGAUACAAACAACAUUACAAAAGUCAGAUGUUGUAUAAUGUACUUCAAAUACCAUGACCAUAUAAGACAUUAUAUCUACUGACAAUCUUAGUAAAAUAAGUAAUUUAAAUUUUGUAAG